GAGUCGAUUGGUCAGUUAUAUCAACAGAUUCAGUCGACAACCAAGCUGCUUUAUUUAAUGAUUUGAUUCAGCUUGGACUUGACAAUAUCAUGCCUGAGAAAACACGAGUAAUUCAUCAGAACGAUGUUCCAUGGAUGACAAAUCAUCUGAAAGAGUUAAUUGUCAAACGCCAAGCAGCCUGGGCACAAGGAAAUCAAACACUUUUCAAGUUUUAUCGUAACCGGGUCAAUAACUAUCGAAAGCGGUGUAGGCAAGUUUAUUAUAAUUCUAAAAUACGUCAUUUAAAGGACAGUAAACCAAAAAGGUGGUGGAACGAAGUUAAACGCAUUAGUGGUCACACCCCAAUGUCUGAUAACAAAGAUAUAUUAUCCAUCCUUGCACUAGAAAAUAUUAAUAUUAACGAUUUUUCCCAUGAUGAAAUUGCAAACAUUAUAAAUGAUUGUUUUUUGGAUCCACAGCAAUCCUAUGUGCCACUUGAUGAGUCUGAUAAAAUCCA